AAAGUACCAGCACCCGUCCUCCACUCCCGACACACUCACACUCUCUCUUUCCCUUGCCCUGUGCCUGUCUCUCUCCAUUCUACCAAGUAGCCGGUCAGAUCCUUUCUCUCUCUCUCGCUCUCUCUCUCCUGCCCUGUCGACAUCCAUCAAGCGUUCCACGCCUUUCUCCCUCAGCCUCCAAAGCCGUGCCCGUCUGCCGUUACUGCUGCUGACCGUCCGUGUCUCUAUCUACAACAAGUUCCCUGGGACAUUUUUGGAAGCUUUUUCCUCAAGACAUUUCUUUUUUUGCUAUCUCCCUGGAGACGCCAGUGCAUGUGGUGCUGUGUGUGAAAGGGUCUAGUGUUGCUCUUUGCCCUGGGGGUCUCUGUACAGCAUUAACCAGAGGAGAAGACUACUUGACAUCAUGAUCAAAGUUCAGCUGCUGCUUCUGCUGGCCCUGGUCGGCCACCUCUGUGCCGUCGCACACGCAAGCACACUGGUGACACCAGUAGAGCUGGUGACAGAUUCCCCUGCUGUUCCCGAGGCUACGGAGGCCCUCAAAGAGGAAGAUCCCGUAGUCACCCAUGCCCCUUCAGCUGAACCCGAAGCUACGGCCGAGGAUGUCGUAACGGACACUCCUGCCGCCGAGGAUGUCACAACGGACACCCCUGCCGGAGAAGAAACCGCCGCUACUGAGGCUGCUGCCACAGAGGUCGCUCCUGUGGAGACCGAAGCCCCUGCCCCUGCCACUGAAGCUGCCAAGCAGGAGGCGGCCACAACUAACGCCCCUGCCAUCCACACCGAGGCCCCGGCUGUGCCCGAAGCUGAGGCCACGACAGCUGCAGAGGCUAAGGAGGUGGUGGAGGUGGAGGAACCAGAGGAGGGUAUGGGCUCUGGACAAGUGGUUGGUAUUGGGAUCGGUGCAUUGGUGGCAGUGAUCGUUGUCAUCGCCGUGGUGAUCGCCGUGGUGAGGAGAAUGGGCAAAUACUCCCCCUGAGGAGAAAGGCUGCAAGACAGGAAGUCCCCAAAAAGUUCUGGCAAUUCUGAUGUAAUUUCCUGUCAUUAAACAAGCAUUCUACCAGCACUCUAACUUAACCAGGAUCUUGGACUGUUGACAAAAGGAGGGGAAGGUGUGUGGGGGAGGAUGUUUGCCCACUUCUCCUCUUCUCCCCCAAUCCCAAGACGGAGCCAUUGACAUCAACGGCCCUGUACAACCACACAGCAAACCCCCAUACCAACAACCAAACUGAAAAAAAGGUUGCCCACAGGAUGUCAAAGUGAAUUUCAGGGUCUUUCAUUUGGAUUUGUAAAAAUAAGUAAGGGAUUAUCUCACUUGUGGUAGAAAACGCUCUCUCUUAUGCAAGGGUGUGUACAUUAACACAGAUGUGCAUUAGAGUUGGUGAAGAGGACCUAUACAAGAAAAAAUGGGAAUAUGGAAAAAAGGAGAUGGGAGAGAAUGUUGCGAAUUCCACGGGGUGUAUAUACCAUGCAAAGGGACUAUAGUUAUUACUUUAUCAUAUGUUGCAGUUGCUCACUAUAGCAUUCAGUAUAUGGAACAUUGCAAAGCAGCCAAAGGCUAUUGUGGCCAAUGGACCUAACUGAAAAUCCCUCUGAAGAACCAACCACAUUAGUAUUUUGUCACCUUAACACCUAGCCAAUGAGUCCCUCACUACAGAAAUGUUCCAACAACUAUAUGAAGCACUGUAUGCAGAAGUUGUUUCGACAUUGUGCUCAUGUCCUGGGGGUUAGCGAGGGGCCAAUGAAAAGACGGCUCAUUUGCAAGUGCAACGUGACAUUCUGCCAGCUUUAACACUGACAUAAAAACCUAGUACAUAUCUGUGAAAUUUAGCAGAAGGGUUUGUGCCACUGUCUCUGGUAUUCCAUGGAUAGUUUGGAGAUGUUACUAUUGAAGUACAUUAAUGUGAAUUGACUGUACUUUAACUGCCACCCAUUCCAAUAGGACAGUUUUGACAACUUCAGGUUUCACCAAAAAAUGUGUUCCAUGUACAGGUAGUGGUUAUUAGCCCCCAUUCUGCUAGCAUUGUCUUUUAUAAUGUAUCCACUGUACUUCUGCUUACUUUAGUUUGGAUAGAGUAUACCAAGCAAAAAUACACACAGAUUUUCUUCAUAACCGUUAGUAGUCAUUAACGGGUGUAAAAAUCAUUCAGUCUCAGCUUAGCUCCGCUUGCAUUAAGAACUCAGUUAAUAAGUGCACUGAAUGAGUGAUGAUAAUUGUUGAAUGAAUCCGCUUUAGACACUGCAAUCGUUUGCGACGACAUUUAUGUUCCGCUUUUGCUCCAUAUUAUCAACUCUAGGUCUUUAAUUUUACUGUCUGAUUUCUUCAAGUCCUUUUAUUUAAUUGCAGUGUGUUUGUUCAUACUGUUUCAAUAAAAAAAGUGAAAACACUCCACAAAUAUA